UUCCUCCAAGACUGUCGCUUCUAUAAAAAUCCCCCAUUUCUCCCGACUCACUCUCUCCAACAAAGCUCCAUCUCUCUUUUCUCUAAAGAUCAAAUUUUUAGAGAUGGGUCCAGGUCUUUACUUGGAUAUAGGCAAAAAGGCCAGAGAUCUUUUGUAUAGGGAUUAUCAGACUGAUCAGAAGUUCACUCUCACUACGUUGACAGCUAAUGGAGUUGCAAUUACAGCUUCUAGCACGAAGAAAAAUGACAUUAUUUUUGGUGAGAUUCAGUCUCAGCUAAAGAACAAGAACAUCACUGUUGACGUGAAAGCGAACUCAGAAUCUAAUCUUCUCACAACUGUUACUAUCGAUGAGCUUGCUACUCCUGGGUUGAAGUCCAUCAUCAGCUUUGUUGUUCCUGAUCAGAAAUCUGGAAAGGUUGAGCUGCAGUAUUUGCAUGACUACGCAGGGGUUAAUGCAAGCAUUGGAUUGACUGCUAACCCCAUAGUCAACCUUUCUGGUGUGUUCGGAACAGGUGCUGUCUCUGUUGGUGCUGAUGUUUCUCUUGAUACUGCAACUGGAAACUUUACCAAGUACAAUGCUGGGUUGAGCUUUACCAAUGCUGACCUCAUUGCUGCCUUGACUCUGAACAACAAGGGAGACGCCCUGAAUGCUUCAUACUACCACUCCGUCAGCCCACUAACCAGCACUGCAGUCGGUGCAGAACUAACGCAUAGUUUCUCCAGCAAUGAGAACACCCUCACCUUUGGCACUCAGCAUGCUCUUGACCCUUUAACUUUGGUCAAGGCUCGCUUUAACAACUUUGGCAAAGCCAGCGCUCUCAUCCAACACCAGUGGAGACCCAAGUCAUUCAUCACCAUCUCUGGCGAGGUCGACACCAAGGCAAUUGAGAAGAGCUCUAAGGUUGGGCUUAUCUGUUGUUCUAAGCCUGGGGGAGUUUUAUUAUGGGGAAGGACAGCCAUUUUCGGAUCGUCGUAA